CUCUCACGUGGGAAGACCGGAAGAGUAUACGGUGUCAUUUGCCGAAUUAGUAUAUUAUCGCAGUAUUCAUUUCUGUUUCUUCAUUGGGAAGAGGAAAGUUGCGAUCCAGGAAAUCAGGACCAUGAGCCACUCAGGUUCCAAGAGUUCGUCGCUUUCAGAAUCUCUUGCUAAUGUCAAAGAGAAGCAGGCUUGGGCAGCCUCCCCGUCUAAAGUCUUCUAUCAUUUUGCCACCAGUGGAACCUCCGUCGCGGCUGCCACCGGCGUCACGCAUCCUUUAGAUGUACUCAAAGUUCGGCUGCAAAUGCAACUUGUGGGGCAAAGAGGUCCUUUGACUGGAAUGGGAGGUGUAUUUGUUCAUGUAUUGAAAAAUGAAGGGCCAAAGGCUUUAUAUCAAGGAUUGACGCCUGCUUUAACAAGGUCAAUUCUUUAUGGAGGUCUCCGUUUAGGGCUUUAUGAACCCUCAAAGCAUGCCUGUGAUUUGGUUUUUGGGUCCACCAAUAUAUUGGUCAAGAUUGCAUCAGGAGCAUUUGCCGGUGCAAUUGCCACUGCGCUGACCAAUCCAAUUGAAGUUCUGAAGGUUCGGUUACAAAUGAACAAAAACCAGAGUCAAGGAGGACCAAUUGCAGAAAUGCGUAAAAUUGUUUCUGAAGAGGGAAUUAGAGCUCUCUGGAAGGGGGUUGGCCCUGCCAUGGCCAGAGCUGCUGCUUUGACUGCAUCACAACUAGCAACAUAUGAUGAAACCAAGCGGGUUCUCAUUAGAUGGACACCUCUGGAAGAAGGAUUUCAUCUACAUCUAGCCUCAAGCACAGUAGCAGGGACAGUGAGUACCCUUGUAACUGCACCAAUGGAUAUGAUUAAAACUCGCCUCAUGCUUCAAAGGGAAUCCAAGAGAGUUGGGGGCUAUAAGAAUGGAUUUCAUUGCGGAUAUCAGGUUGUGCUUACAGAAGGCCCUAGUGCACUUUACAAGGGGGGAUUUGCAAUUUUUGCAAGGUUGGGACCUCAAACUACAAUUACAUUUAUACUGUGCGAGAAGCUACGUGAACUUGCUGGAUUGAAUGCCAUCUAGCAAUGGUAUUGUCUAUCUAUGAUCCCUUGCAGUCUUUUACUGUGCUUUUGUUUUGAAGUGCCAAAGAGCUGCCUUCGCUGCUAGCAAGUCACAAAUGAGGAGAAUUUAUUAGUUUGUUCUUACAAUGACUUAUUUAUAAGGCCAUUCUAAUACAUCAAUUUUCAUGGAAGGGGGUCCAUUUAUUCAAUAAAGUUGCAGACUUGUAGUAUGAUUGAUUUUUUGCUCAAUCCCGCAUUUGUUUCUGGGGAAUGUGUUGUUGUAUUUACACAUUGUUGUAUUAUGUGGAGAUAAUAAAUUUAUUUAGUUUUUCUGCAAAAA